CGGAAGUGGGGGCCGGCGUGCAGCCCAGGGUCUGACAGGAGAGGCGUGCCCGGCCGGCGGCCGUACCUGACAGCGGGAGCGCGGUGCCGGAGCCGCCCGGCCCUGCGAUGGGCCUCCUGUCGGACCCGGUGCGCCGGCGCGCGCUUGCCCGCCUCGUGCUGCGCCUCAACGCGCCGCUCUGCGUGCUGAGCUACGUGGCGGGCAUCGCCUGGUUCCUGGCGCUGGCUUUCCCGCCGCUGACCCAGCGCACUUACAUGUCGGAGAACGCCAUGGGCUCCACCAUGGUGGAGGAGCAGUUUGCGGGCGGAGAGCGUGCCCGAAGCUUUGCCCGGGACUUCGCUGCCCACCGCAGGAAGUCGGGGGCUCUGCCAGUGGCUUGGCUGGAGCGGACGAUGCGGUCAGUGGGGCUGGAGGUCUACACGCAGAGUUUCUCCCGGAAACUGCCCUUUCCAGAUGAGACUCACGAGCGCUAUAUGGUGUCGGGCACCAACGUGUACGGCAUCCUUCGGGCACCGCGCGCUGCCAGCACUGAGUCCCUGGUGCUCACCGUGCCCUGUGGCCCUGAGUCUACCAACAGCCAGGCUGUGGGGCUGACGCUAGCACUUGCUGCCCACUUCCGGGGGCAGAUUUACUGGGCCAAAGACAUCAUCUUCCUGGUGACAGAACACGACCUUCUGGGCUCUGAGGCUUGGCUUGAAGCCUACCACGACGUCAAUGUCACUGGUAUGCAGUCAUCCCCUCUGCAGGGCCGGGCUGGGGCCAUCCAGGCAGCCGUGGCCCUGGAGCUGAGCAGUGAUGUGGUCACUAGCCUCGACGUGGCUGUGGAGGGACUCAACGGACAGCUGCCCAACCUGGACCUGCUCAACCUCUUCCAGACCUUCUGCCAGAAAGGGGGGCUCCUGUGCACGCUGCAGGGCAAGCUGCAGCCCCAGGACUGGACAUCAGCGGACGGGCCGCUGCAGGGUGUGCAAACGCUGCUGCUCAUGGCUCUGCAGCAGGCCUCUGGCCACCCCCACGGCGCCCACGGCCUCUUCCUGCGCUACCGCGUGGAGGCUCUAACUCUCCGUGGCGUCAACAGCUUCCGCCAGUAUAAGUAUGACCUGGUGGCGGUCGGCAAGGCUCUGGAGGGCAUGUUCCGCAAACUCAACCACCUCCUGGAGCGCCUGCACCAGUCCUUCUUCUUCUACCUGCUCCCCGCGCUCUCCCGCUUCGUCUCCAUCGGCCUCUACAUGCCUGCCGCCGGCUUUUUGCUCCUGGUCCUUGGUCUCAAGGCUCUGGAACUGUGGAUGAAGCUGCAUGAGGCUGGAGUGGGUCCUGAGGAGGCGGGGGGGACCCCUGGGUCCAGUCCUCCCCUCCCUGCAGCACAGCGUGUGGGGCUGGCCUCGCUCGUGGCACCCUUGCUGAUCUCCCAGGCUGUGGGCCUGGCCCUCUACGUCCUCCCGGUGCUGGGUCAGCACGUGGCUGCCCAGCACUUCCCCGUGGCCGAGGCAGAGGCCGUGGUGCUGACGCUGCUGGCCGUCUAUGCAGCUGGCCUGGCCCUUCCACACAGCACCCACUGGGUGCUGAGCACACAGGCCCCAGACAGGAGCUGGAUGGCGCUGAAGCUGGUGGCCCUGAUCUACCUGGCACUACAGCUGGCCUGCAUCACCCUCACCAACUUCUCCCUGGGCUUUUUGCUGGCUGCCACCAUGGUGCCCGGCGCUGCACUCACCAAGCCCUCCGGGCCCCGGUAUGUGCUGGCCACUCUGUGCUGCCCUGCUGGUGCUGACAAGCCCAGCAGCUACGCUCCUGGGCGGCCUGUUCCUGUGGCGGCAGCUGCAGGAGGCGCCGCUCUCCCUGGCCGAGGGCUGGCGGCUCUUCCUGGCCGUGCUGGCUCAGGGCGUGCUGGCGCACCACACCUACGGCGCCCUGCUCUUCCCGCUGCUGGCGCUGGGCCUCUUCCCCUGCUGGCUCCUCUUCUGGAAUGUUCUCUUCUGGAAGCGCUGAAGGCAGGUGGGAAUCCCCCACGCGCCCCACGCUCUUCCCUUCCUGGGAAAUAAACAGUUCUGCUUAGCUGCC